UCUCAUCCUGAGGGACUCGAACACAGGUAGAAACACACCUGACGCACACAUGGGGAACAGCGCGCUGAAGUCUCACCUGGAAACUUCCCAGAAGACCGGGGUGUUUCAACUGACAGGAAAAGGACUGCUGGAGUUCCCUGAGGAGCUGCAGAGACUCACCUCGAACCUGAGGACGGUCGAUUUGUCCGGGAACAAGAUCGAGCAGCUUCCUGUUUCCAUCGGAAACUUCCUGCAGCUUAAGAGUCUGACGCUCAACUGCAACCGACUGACCACUGUUCCUAGUGAGAUCGCGAAGCUGAAGAAGCUUGAGACCCUGAGUCUGAAUGGGAACCGGAUCCAGCAGCUGCCCCCGACUAUGGGCCAGCUCCGGGCCCUGCGGUCCCUCAGCCUGGCAGGGAACCAGAUUUCACAGGUUCCCUCUGGACUGGCGACCCUGAGGCAUCUGGACUUGCUGGACCUGUCCCGAAACCAGAUCCACAACGUUCCUGCAGAGGUGUCUGAGCUGCAGGCUAUCGAGAUCAACCUCAACCAGAACCAGAUCUCGAUGGUCUCACCUGAGGUGUCUCUGUGUCCUCGUCUGAAGGUUCUCCGCCUGGAGGAGAACUGUCUGGAGCUGUCCUCCAUCCCUCUCUCCAUCCUGACCGACUCCCAGGUGUCUCUGUUCUGUUUGGAGGGAAACCUGUUCGAAGUCAGGAAUCUCAGAGACCUGGCUGGAUACGACAAGUACAUGGAGCGUUUCACAGCUACUAAGAAGAAGUUCACCUGAUGAAGCUUGUUGACCUUGGUGCACCACCUGGAGGCGGGGUUAGCAGCCCACAGCUUGAUCAUCACAGCGCCCCCUGCCUGCAGGACCGCUGACCUCCUGCUGUGAGGACAUUUCCCCAACCACAGGUCACAUGGACAGAGGAGACAUGGGGGACGAACGAUCCACUCACCUGUGAUGAAGACAAAUAUUGACACGUAGGCCAGGAGCUGCACUUUGAUCCCUGAUCAGUAAUUUGGUGAAUAAUUGAUUAGUUUUUCCAGAUUAAAUGUCGAUAGAUUCCAGCUCCUCCUUGUUUCUGUAUCGUCUGUGACAGUCGCUGUUUCUCUAAAUCACAUAUUAUCCAAGUUUUAUCUAUGUAUGUGUAAAUUAGCCCCGCCUCUGUCUCAGCCCCUGAGCUGCAGCUCCUGGUGACAAAAAACAACUUGAAGGACUUUAACAUGAAAUAUCUAAUCCUGUAUGAUCGUCUACAACUUAAAAAACACUUACUAUGAACCACAUUUUUUAAACAUUAUAAAUACUAAAUAUAAUAUAUCUUCAUAAGCCCCACCCCCCUGUGAUGUAGCAGACACUUCCUGUAUUUAAAUCCACUGCUUCCUGUACAGGCUGUCGACAAAUAAUAAACCCAGUGUGUGUGUGUGUGUAA